CGGGCGGUGGCGCCGUGCGCCUGGGAUGGAGGUCGGUCCCCGCGAGGGGCGCGCGGAGAGCAGGAAGGAGCACUGGAAGCUACUAGGCAACUUGAAGACUACAGUGGAAGGUUUGGUGUCCACCAGCAACCCAAAUGUCUGGUCCAAGUAUGGUGGCUUGGAACGGCUCUGCAGAGACAUGCAUAGCAUCCUCUAUCAUGGGCUCAUCCAUGACAAGGUGUGCUGCAGACAGAAGGAUUACUGGCAGUUUGUGAAGGACAUUCGCUGGCUGAGUCCUGGCUCUGCUCAUCACCUGGAGAAGUUCAUCAGCCUUCAGGAGAGUGGCCAGCCCGACCCUGAGGGCCCAGGGGACCAGGCCAUCGCACAGCUGUGGCUGCAGCACAGCCUGCAGUGCCACUGCCUGUCAGCUCAGCUGAGACCGCUCCUGGGGAACCGGCAGUACAUCAGGAAAUUCUACGCAGACACUGCCUUCCUGCUCAGUGACGCACACGUCACGGCCAUGCUGCAGUGCCUGGAGGCUGUUGAGCAGAACAACCCCAGGCUUCUGGCUCAGAUCGACACCUCCAUGCUGGCCGGCACAUCACUGCCAUCCCUGUGUGCGUCAGGUCCUUCUGCUGGUACAAGAGGGAUGUGUGACCACGACUCUGAAGGACGUGAGAGCCAUCUGUCUGGGGCACUGGGCUGCCUGGAUCAUUUCACUGAGAGCCUGCUUACCAGGAAGAGUGAUGGUCCACCUCCAGUGACCAAGAGUCAGAGCCUGACUGCCAUUCCUGCAUCCCCAUACAUCCCAGUUGCAGGCUGCAUGCAGCAGCACUGCUUUGGGUCCACCUCCAGCAUCCAUUCUCCAGCCUCCUCUGGCCUCUCAGACAGGAGAUCAGCGAGCAACUCCAUCAGCUCCAGUGCCAGCCAGUCCCAGGAACGCUGCCCAUCCACCCGGUCUUCCUCCUUCAGCGAGGGCAGGUCCCCUCUGGAGCAGCCCAGCUCUGUCACCCACUUCAAUGUACCCUCACCCAAAGACCCCUUCUCUCCAUCCAGUGAGAUGAGCUCCAGCACCACCAGCCAGAGUGAGGACACUUGGACAGGGAGUCAGGAUGAUCCCCAGAGCGAUGUUAAUGAUGGGCCAGAGUACCUGGCCAUUGGGAACUUGGGGCGUCGGGGCCGAGCGUGCAGCAGUGCUAGCACCAACAGCACCAAGAGCAGUAGCUCCAAACUCUUCUCCUCCAGCAGCUCCCAGAAGCUGGACUCGGUCUCAUCGCUGGGGGAGCAGGGGGCAAGCGGAGGUGGAAGCAGGGGCCUGAGCCUGUUGCGCCGGUCCAGCUUCUCAGAAGGACAGUCGUCAGCUACACAGGGUAUCCUCAAGAAGAGCCAUGUGCGCUCACACUCUGACACGAACGUGGCUUCGGGGAAGUUGCACGAGUCCCACGAUGAUCCAAGUGGAGGGAGAAGGCCAGUCUCUGCUUCUACCCAGAGCAGUGAACUGAGCACACCCAGCUCACUCUACAUGGAAUACGACUCUGGACGGUACCUGACCUCUGGUGAAGGGAUGUUCAGAAGACCCUCAGAAGGGCAGUCCCUCAUCAGUUACCUCUCUGAGCAGGACUUUGGAAGCUGUGCAGACCUGGAGAAGGAGAAUGCCCACUUCAGCAUCUCAGAGUCCUUGAUCGCUGCCAUUGAGCUGAUGAAAUGCAACAUGAUGAGCCGGCAGCUGGAGGAGGAGGAGGAGGAAGAUAGCGACAAGGAAAUCCAGGAGCUUAAACAAAAGAUUCGCAUUCGGCGCCAGCAGAUCCGCACCAGGCACCUGUACCCUACCUGCCAGGGGAUGGGCUCAGACAGUCUUGUGGUGACAGAUAGCGGGUCCCGGUUCAGCCCUCAUGGCUCCAUGCGACUCUCUGACUCUGGCUCCACAGAGGAUGUGGAAGAGUACGAGAUUCAAGAUGCAGACAUCAAGAGGAACCCAGACUCCAGCAGGAAGUCCUUUCUCUCCUCAGAGUCCAUAUCCCAUUCCUUCCUCAAUUCCAACUCGGCAGAGGCUGUAGCCAUGGGCUUGCUGAAGCAGUUCGAAGGCAUGCAGCUCCCAGCUGCUUCUGAAUUGGAGUGGCUGGUCCCUGAGCAUGAUGCUCCACAGAAGCUCCUACCCAUCCCCGACUCUCUGCCCAUCUCUCCUGAUGAUGGAGAACAUGCCGACAUCUACAAGCUGAGGAUUCGGGUGCGCGGAAACCUGGAGUGGGCCCCUCCACGACCACAGAUCAUCUUCAAUGUUCACCCAGCCCCAACGAGGAAGGUGGCUGUAGCCAAGCAGAAUUACCGGUGUGCAGGCUGUGGCAUCCGGACUGAUCCUGAUUACAUCAAACGACUGCGUUACUGUGAGUACCUGGGGAAGUAUUUCUGCCAGUGCUGCCACGAGAAUGCCCAGAUGGUCAUCCCCAGCCGCAUCCUACGCAAGUGGGACUUCAGCAAGUACUACGUGAGCAACUUCUCAAAGGACUUACUGAGUAAGAUCUGGAGUGACCCGCUCUUCAAUGUGCAGGAUAUCAAUCCUGCCCUGUACCGGAAAGUGAAGUCUCUCAACCAAAUGUGGCUCCUGCGAAUCCAGCUUUUCCACAUGAAGAACAUGUUUAAGACAUGCCGGCUAGCUAAAGACCUCCUUGACUCCUUUGAUAUGGUGCCUGGCCACUUGACAGAGGAUUUACACCUCUACUCACUCAGUGACCUCAGUGCCACAAAGAAAGGGGAGCUGAUGCCUCGCUUGACUGAGCUCCUGAAGGCAGGCAGUCUGCACGUUGAGAAGUGCAUGCUGUGCCAAGCCAAAGGCUUCAUCUGCGAGUUCUGCCAGAAUGAGACUGACAUCAUCUUCCCUUUUGAGCUCAACAAGUGCAGCACAUGUGAAGAGUGCAAAGCCUGCUACCACAAAUCCUGCUUCAAAUCCACCCACUGUCCCCGCUGUGAGCGGCUUCAAGCCCGGAGAGAGCUGCUGGCCAAGCAGAGCAUGGAGUCCUACGUCUCGGACUAUGAAGAGGAGCUGGAGCAGUCGGAGGUGGUGGCAGCCACAUGAAUGUUGCAGCAGAGGAGCAGAACGUGGGUUUAUGUGCAUGGCCUUCAUCACCAGAGACAGAGCCACACAGACUGGGGUAUGAGGAGGACUGUCAGGAGGCUGGAGUGCUGUCUUGAAGGGACCUGUUUUCCUCCCAUGCAGUAGUGCUGGGCUGGGGAAGGGACAUCUUCCAUUAUCUGGGUCUCCUCCAGGUUCUGCUCACAGGUUUGCUUGGGGAAGUUCAACUGCUCCUGCCUGUGCUGCAGGCAGAACAGGGGCCUUUUCUGAGCAGUUAUUCAUGCUGGACCAGGCAGGGCUGUGCUGUGGGUCCCUGUGCCCUGCUCCCCGACAGGGUCCCUGGGGGAUCAGCACUUUAUGCUCAUCAGCUGUAUAUUGGGAAUCUCUGGCCACAUCUGCUCCUUGGAGGUGGGAAUUAGCUCUCCAAGUCCUCUGAUCCUGUAUCUUGCUGCUGGGGGUUGUGUUUAUGGAGGGACAGUGGGGAUUCAGGGUUGAUGUACAUAUAAUAGCUCUCUGCCUCAAAUCUGGCUUGCAACACUGCCAGAGAGCAGUUGCUCUCACUCCAGGAUCAGAGCAGAGGAUGUGGCAGUGGUGAAAAUGCCAGAUUCCUGCCUUGCCUCUUUGUGCUAUCUGUGUUGAGCUGCUUUCCCUGCCCUCCAGAUGCAGCCUGUGCUGUAGAGGGGCAUUGCCCCUGGAGAAGCUGCACAAGGGUGCUGAUGCUGCCAGGUUUUCGUAGAGGCAGAUCCCCAUGGCUGGAGAAUGCAGUAAGCCCCACUUCCUCAUUCUGCCUGUCUGUUCCCCUGGGGGGCAUGCUCUUCUCUAAGGGUGAUACAGGGCCUCACUGGGGGUACCAGGACUUGCCUUGUAUGCAGCUGCCUUCUGUUGGGAUGCAAGUGAAAGCUCAGCCCUCCAGCCACAUCCCUUGAGCCCCUGUCUCAGUUCUUUUAGGUUGGGUUUUUGGUUUUUAAUCUGCUGGAUUUGGUUUUAUUUUUUAAUGUGGUUGGUCGUAUUUUUAACUGUAUGUUCCCCCCUCUUUAGGGGACAUGUGAUCUGCUUGGGACUCACUGGUAUAAAGCUUCCAAGCCUGUCCUGCUCCUGGUUCCUCACCCCUGGAGGGGGCUGUUGUUUGCCAGGAGUCCCCUGUUCCAACACAUCUCCUGUUCCACUCGAGAGGUGUCUCUGAGCCAGGCAGCGCCUUGAAGCUUCCCAGGUGCAGUGCAGUGGGGUGGCCAGGCAACCUGCUUGCAAUGGGGGCGGUGCACGGGGGAGAGGGUUUGGCACUGAGGUGCUUCAAAGGGCUCUGCAGGGUUGGACCCAUCAAUACAAGAUGCUCUGGGGCUAGCAGUCAGCUGAGGAGGUCCCUGCAUUGCAGGGGAAUGCUUUACAUGGCACAGGUGAGUGUCCAGCAUCACUUUGGCAUGGGUGGGACAUGGCGUGUUCAGAAGGAUGGUGUGGCCUGUGUAUGUGCAGGAAGUGUGUUGAAGAACUGUGGAGCAAUACACUGGUAGAAGGCAUCUAGAGGCAAUGGCUUUAGCAGCACAAGCACUGGCUUGAGACUGGAAUAUGACCCCUCAUAGGCUAUCCCUGCAGGGGUGGCAGGGUCAGGGAGAGAGGCUGAGAUCAGGAGAGGUGAAUGCUGGACUUGGUGAAGGAGGGUAGCUGCAAGUGUUGCUGCACAGCAGCAUGUCUCCCCAACUCGCAGCAUCCUGGCAAAGCCAGGUCUAGCCAGGAAAGUGGGUUCAGCUCCCCACUCACUCCCUGGAGUGUUUGCUGCCUCCUGUCUUGCUUCUGCUCUGUUUUUUACCAGGGAAGCCACUGCUGUCCCACUCACUGUCUGUCUCUGCAAGGCAUGGGGCUGCCAGAUGCUGGUGCACCUCUGUCUUGUCUGUCCUCAACAGCAAGCCAAGCCCUCACACUGCUGCCCAGAGUUGGCACCCCCUUCCCUGGAGCUGGCUCAGCAGCACACCUCCAUCCACCCUGUUUUGUUUGAAGCACUUUAAUGUCCUGGGACAGCAGCUGAGAGGCUGCCCACAUCCCCUUCUAGAAGCACUGAGUACAUUUAAAGAAGAGGAAAGGGGUUUUGGAUUAUUUGUGGUUUCCACCCUCCACUGUGGACUUUGGAAGCAGUGAGACUUGCAAACUCAAUGGAGGGCUCCAGGGCAAGAUUAUGCCCAGCACUCACCACUACAAGGAACACUGGAACUGGCCAAGGCAGUG